AUGAAGAACGUCAUCGUUGUUCUCGCAUUUUCGGGCUGUCUUCUGCUGUCGGCAGCUGCCGAAGACAAGUACACUACCAAAUACGACGACGUCGAUAUCGAUUCGGUGCUGAAAAGCGAGAGACUUCUGAAUGGAUACGUGAAUUGUCUUCUGGAUCGCGGUCCUUGCACUCCUGACGCAACUGAACUUAAAAAGAAUUUGCCGGACGCUUUGGAACACGAUUGCUCGUCUUGCAGCGAGAAACAGAAGGAAGUUGCUGAUAAGGUUUCUCAUUAUUUAAUCGAUCACAGAUCCGAAGACUGGAGUCUCCUCGAAGCGAAGUUCGAUCCGACCGGGGCUUACAGGCAACGUUAUCUCGACUCUCAAGCCAAGGAAAAAGCGAUAGAUUAG